AUACCUCACAUGAAAAAUACAGACGGAUUGUAUCGAACUAUCAAAAUUCUCUGCGAAAGUGGCAAAUCGUUGCCAUUUUACUCUCUAAAAAUUUCACUUCAAAAAGCAGUUCUCGCGCGAUCUUCGAAUUAGGUUAGCAGUAACAAUCGGUGACGUAGUUGAUAUAAAAGCGACUCUCAACUAGUCAGCCCGCGACAUUUGGUUUGAGGGAUUAUUAUCGGGAACCUGUUGUAUUCCACUAAAGAAUGAAGUUUCUUAUUUCCUGCUUCCUCUUUUUAGGGGUAGCUGCCUUAGCAGAAGAACGAGUCAAACGGCAAGCUUCUUACACAUUUCCAGGCCCACGAAGCGAUAGGUCAUAUAGGCCGUCAUUAAGUGCAGCUCCCGUUUAUGUAGCAGAACAUGAAGCAGCUGAAGUUUAUCCAGCAACAAGAAGACAAUCACAACCUCAAUAUGCAGCAGCGCAACCAAGAGCUCCAGUACAACAAGCAGUUGCAGCUCCUGCUCCACCACCACCUCCUGAAUACGAACCAGCCCCUAGACAACAAGCAGCACCACGAGCACAAUCAUCAUCAGCAGCGUCUAGAAGAAGAGGUUCCUCAUCUGCAGCAAGCAACCGAGCAAACAAAUAUGGUUCAGCUCCUCAACAGUCAUUAAAUGGACAUGCUGAGGAUGAUGAAGAGGAAGCAGGGCCAGAUCCUUUGACUCUUCUCCUAGAAGACUCACAAUUCACCUGUGGUGGAAAGCAAGACGGUUACUACGCUGAUGACAGUGUCAACUGCCAGGUCUUCCAUUACUGUGUUGGUGGAGCUAAACAUUCUUGGAUGUGUCCUGAAAACACCGUCUUCCAUCAAGUUCAUCUUAACUGUGUGCCAGAUUCUCAAGAUAUUUGUGCCCAAUCGCAAAAGUUCCACUUUGUGAAUGAAUAUUUAUACAAACCUAUUGACUACGAAGGACCAAACAACACUGCUCGUUACUCUCAAAGAUAUUACCCUGAUGGAUAUGUAGUAGGUGAUCCCUUAGUUGCUCCACAACCUCAAGAACCUAGACGACCUGCAGCCCAACCACCUCCUCCUCAAUAUCAACCAGCACCUGCCCCAAGACCUCAGCCAAGACCACAACCCAGACCAUCUGCCCCUGCACCACCUCCACCAUCAUACAGAGCUCCUCAACCUGCACCUCAACCCAGACCACAACCACGACCAUCUAGGCCAUUAGAAUCUUACCCAGUAGAGGAACCUCGUGAAUAUAGGCCUCAACCUCCACCACAAUCUGCAUCGCAAACUUAUCGAGGUAGUCCCGCCCAACCUCAAGGUCCACCUCCUCAAGGUUACAGAGUAGCUUCUGCCCCUCAAUCCCGACCUCAAUCUGCUUACACCAGCAGCGAAGAAGCUCAUUAUCAACCUGAACCAUCACCACAAAGCAGGAGACAAGCAGCAUCACCACAACCACCACAGAGGGCAACUGCAGGUUAUGCUCCAAGACAACAACAAUACAGGCAACCACAGCCACAGCAAACUGCCAGAUCUGGAAGUGGAUAUCAACCCUAUGCCUCAAACCAAGCAGCUGGUGUUGAAUACGAUGAAGAUUAUUAAACAUCCAAGUUUUAGAAAUUUUUAAAUUUUACUGCUGUGAUUAGUCACAUUUUGACACAUGUCAAGCCAUUGUCUUUGUGUACUUUAUUGGAUUUACAUCAGGAUUGUAAAUCCAAUGCUUGUUACUUAUGAUUAGCUUUAGGCUAGUCUUGUAUAAAUUAUUCCAUAUUUUGCCAGAGGCAAAAGAUAUACGGGGUUUGUUUUAAAGGACUCUGUUUUUUUAAAAAACUCAUCUGCUCAAGAUAACUCAUAUUUAAUGAAAAUAAUUUAUGCAUCAUUGCAAUAAUUAGUCAAUUUAUUUCGGUAAAAAAUUUUAUUUAACUCGAACAUUUUUUCCCUUUCUACAUACAUAAUUUUACAGUAAAAUCAGUAAAGAGAAUCUGAAUUCUUGAUUGUAUAAAAUAAAUUUUUAAAAUUUCAUUUAUUUUGUUUAAAAAAAGAGGAAGCUUUACUAGAAGGAAUUAUGCAUGGCAGAAGCUUAUAUCAAUAGUACGCUUUCAUACAAAUCAGUCAGAUAAGUCAACUCUUCAUUCAUAAAGCACAUUUGUAUAAAGUAUGUUUAAUUAAUAAAUGUUAUGUAUUUUAUAUUGUU